ACGAUGGCCGAGAGGCUGCGGCCCCCGAGCGGCUCCGUGUGCGCGGCCGCCUACCCCGACGCCCCCGCCGACUUCCCCCCGCACCUCCAGGCCGGCGCGAUGCGGCGCCGCUUCUGGGGCGUGUUCAACUGCCUGUGCGCCGGCGCGUUCGGGGCCCUGGCCGCCGCCUCCGCCAAGCUGGCCUUCGGCAGCGAGGUCAGCAUGGGCUUGUGCGUGCUGGGCAUCGUGGGGAUGGCCUUCACCAAUUCCCUGAUGUGGACGUUCUUUAGCCGGGGCCUCAGUUUCUCCAUGUCUUCGGCCAUUGCCUCGGUCACGGUGACUUUUUCAAACAUCCUCAGCUCGGCAUUCCUGGGCUACGUGCUGUACGGGGAGUGCCAGGAGGUGCUGUGGUGGGGCGGCGUCUUCCUCAUCCUCUGCGGACUCACCCUCAUCCACAGGAAGCUCCCGCCCACCUGGAAGGCCCUGGAACAGAAGCAGCAGUAG